UGCAGUUACCAUAUGAUAAUUUGGGAACCCUGCAGUGAUAUAUCAAACGCUACAUGUAUAUAAAUGUGUAUAUAAACUCAGCAGAUAAACGUAUUGGGCCAGUUGGUCGUAUAAACCUGGAAACAAAAUGAUUUCUUCAAUUUCUUCCACAAUUUCACCAAGAGAUCUGACUCUCCACAUACUGUUGAGUUUGUUUUACUUCGAGGCUGGUCAGUCAGCUUCACUCAGGCCAUUUCAGUUUCAGUGUUACGACAAUGACAUAUGUACUUGGCCGCAACAGUACUGCUCAUCUAAAGCGUAUGAACAAAGAUGUAUCCCUUGCUUACGCAGCGUUUGCAGUCUUCAGUCGCCGCCUCUUCAAUGUCUCUAUAAUUGUUCCUUAAUUGGUUACAAUAUAGAUACAAUUGUGUUUGUCGUCGUUGGACUAUGCGUGGCUUUUUCCAUACCAGUGGCCUAUCUUGUUGCAAAAAUCUCCAAACUGAAGAAAGUAAAUGUGUUCAAAGUGAUAAUUAAUUUCCUUCAGGAUGACGAAAAGCGAAGAGAUGCAAAAUUUCAUCACAUGUGUCGAGCAGAAGAAGGAAGUAUCAGACAAGAAGAAAAAUGAAGAUCAAAAAAGUCCCAUCACAUGAUAACGAUUCGUAUGCCGAAAGAAAGUUGACAGACGUACCACCGACUUCAGAUUCUUCUUCACCAGACUCAUAUAAACCGACUACUCAUUUAGAUAAACCUCUUACUUCUCACCUCUAAAAGUACUUAGACGUUUUCACGAGUUAUGUAGUACUCUUGCUAGGGAGAUAUGUUUGGAUUCCUUCGUGAGAGACCGGUCGGGGAGGUACAAAUCAAGGGGCACAUGGGGAUAGCCUGAUUUGUAUACACUGUUCUGUAAUGUUAAUCAUCAUUGAUCGUACGAGCUACCAAAUAUAGUAUGAUAUGGCAAGUUGACAAUAUAUAAUGUUGUAAAUGCAAUAAAUAGAAAUGAUCAAUAAGCUAUA